AAAGAAAGACUCGAUUCUCUGGUCAAGGAGAAAAAAGGACUCCUGUUCUCCUCCUGGUCCACUCUGCCCCACUUCUGCGAUUCCGCCACAGCCCUCCGAAUCGGCUGCCUCGAGAGAAAUGGGGAAGCGCCGCCGGCCCAGGAUGCAGUACACCAGCGACGACGACGACGAUGACGGCGGUGGCGGCCACAAUGCCGCACCGGAGAUUCCCAAAACCAUCAAGCCUACGGUCGUACCCGACUCCUCGCGCCCCGACAAGCAGCAGCGCCGCCACACCGAUGAGCUCGUGGAGGAGGGGGAACACGAGAAUGACUUGGUGGCGGCGAGGAGGAACGAGGAGGAGGAGAGGCGGGAGGACGCGCAUACCCUCCACCGGGGGGGAAGCCGCAAGCCUGGGCGCUCCGCCGAGGAUAUCAAUGAGGAGCUGAAGGAGAAAAAGGCGGAAGGGGCUGAGGAGGAGGAGGAGGAUGAAGAUGGUCCGGAUGCGGUGCCCGUCGGUAAACCCGUGAAGGUCACUGACAAGGGGAAUGCGCAGCGGAAGCACUACGACGCCUUCGAGUGCGAGGGCAACACCUACAAGCUCUGGGACACGGCGAUGUUCGUGCCUGAGCUGGAGAACCAGAAACCCUAUGUCGGCAUCAUCAAGGAUAUACAUAAAAUCGGUGGGAGUUUAUCGGUAACUGCUCAAUGGUUUUAUAGACCAGAAGAGGCUGACGAAGAUGGUGGUGAACCAAGGGAAUUAUUUUAUAGUUCUCAUAUUGAUGAGGUCCCAGCAGGGUCAGUUAUGCACACAUGUAUGGUCCAUUUCAUUCCUCAGCACAAGCAGGUUCCAAGUAUGAAGGAACACCCUGGAUUCAUUGUCCAAAAGGUGUAUGACCAUAUCAAGGAGAAACUGUGGGAUGUUGCAGAUAAGGACUAUUUGGAUAACAUGCAACAUGAGGUUGAUCUCCUUGUUAAGGAAACAAUGGACCGUAUUGGGGAGCUUCCAGACCGUGAUCCUGAAGAUAUACCUGGUAGCAAUGCUGAUAAGUUCUCAAGUAAGUUCUCAGGAGGCCUACGGAAGAGACCUGUGAACCCUAAAGAUGGUCCAACAACAGGCACAUCUCAGCAAUUCGUAAAAGCAGAUACACCUUGGAAUUAUAAUCUAAAUAAUUAUGCCAUCCUUGAAAGAUAUAAAGCAAUCACUGGUAACCCCUCUCGUGAUCGGUGGAUUGAUAAAUUUGUGGAUACUAUCCUAACUCCUUGCAAAAAUGAUACUGAAAAUUCUUAUCCACCUAAUGUGGUUGUUCAAAUAGUGGCCUCCUUAGAAAGAUCAGCAUUUGAAGCUUUUUAUGCAGACUUCCAGAAGUAUAACCAGAAAAUGAGAACAUUAUUGUUUAAUAUCAAGGAAAACUCUGUACUGCGCAAGCAACUAAUGAACAAGGAGCUCGAUCCUGUGGCUCUGUUAACAAUGGCCCCUGCUGAACUAAAGGCUGGUUUGAUGCCAGCAGAGAUAACACCUGAAACAGAAGAACCAAGGCAGUUGCAGAUGACUGAAUCCCGAUGUAAAGGAUGCGCAGAAAAGAACGUGGGAAUAACUGAACUUUUUCUUGCCAAUCGUGGAGGUCGCUAUAAGGGAGCACUGGAUCCCGAGAGCCAAAUGGGGUUUCCGUUACAUGACACAACCAUUGAGCUAUCUAGCUCGAAUGUCUUUCCUGCGGCUUGUCAUGGUUUGCAUUCAGAGAUGACAUCUCAUUAAGAAGCAGCAGCUGACUAGACGAUACGGUUAGACACAGACAAGUACACUGAUGUUUUCCAGUCCCAGAAGAGAGCAGCAGCUUACAUGGAGAAGCAGAAAUGUUUAGCUGGCGGUAACGAGGAGAACGCUCCCUGCACCUGGGAAUUAAUCACAUAUCAUUUCCAGGAUCAUGUCAGUUUUAUGAGUUAGGAAUUUUGGAAUGCUCUAAUACAUUUACAUCUCUGAACAUGCAAAACUCUUCCAGUUGGAUACUCAUUCGGAUAGCUUUGCCUGUAUCUUUGAGACUUUGACAGCUGCCUCCAAUAUUAGAAUAGCGUUCCAACUUA